UUGACAAAAACAUGAAAGCGCGCAAAACAUUAAAAAUCGAGGUUUGCACAGCGGGUGCUACAUGUUAGAUGUCCUGUGAACCUGUAAACAAAGCUAGAAAGAUGACUGAUACUACAAAUGGCAGUCAUUUGACAAUUAAAACAGAUAAAAGUAUUGAAGAACUUAAAACAGCAGUUAAAGCAGCCCAUAAUAUUGUAAACACAAGCAGACAAAAUAAGUCCAAAUACAAUGACAUUAGUGAUGAUAACACUGUGUUAAAGUUUAAGAAGUUAUCAGAAAAUGCAACAACUCCUAUUCGAGGAUCUCAAAAUGCUGCAGGUUUUGAUUUAUGCAGUGCUGAAAACAAAGUAAUUGCUGCAAAUGGUCACGGCAUAGUUAAAACUGACAUAGCAGUUAUGUUACCCAAAGGCACAUAUGGUAGAGUUGCACCCAGGUCUGGAUUGGCAGUGAAGAAUUUUGUUGACGUUGGUGCUGGUGUGGUUGAUUACGACUACCGUGGUAAUGUUGGUGUUGUUCUCUUUAACCAUCUGCACAAGGACUUUGAAGUUACCAAGGGAAUGAGAGUGGCACAGUUUAUUGUCGAAAAAAUAUGCAUGCCAAAACUUGUACAAGUUGAGGAAUUAACCGAAACUGAAAGAGGAGAAAAUGGAUAUGGAUCAACGGGACUACACUAAUGUAACAUAGGGACAAAACUUCCCUGUACAUAGCUAAUAUUUUAUUUAUACACCACGGCGGUUUUUCAUUUUGUUAAAAAAUAUUUACUAUUAUCA